AAGCGGCCCAGACCCCUCGGUCUUCUUCCGAGUAACCGAGUCCCCUCCCGUGCUUCUGUUCCCUUGAAGAACCUUCCGGCGACGAUUCUCCUCGGGGCAGGCAGUCUUCGCGGUGGUUACGCGCCCGUGCUCCCGAUCAGUGUAUCCCUCCCCCUCUCCCUCCGAUGAGGUGGCUACCCGGGCUGCUCUCCCAGGCGAGGGCGGCCGCGAGGGCCAGCAGCAGCCACGCCAGAGGAUCCAAUGGGUUCGCGACUGGCGGCGGGGACGGGCCGGGGGUGCCCCGGGAGUGGAUGCGGAAGCUGUGGGUCGAGGAGCUGAGGAAGCAGAAGGAUGCUGCGAGGAGCUUGGGGAGGCGUGCUGUCGCGAAGGCUGACGGUGGCGGCGGUGAGGAUUCCCUCGGCUUCCUUGCUAGGGCCGCUCGCGCGUUUGUGAACUCCGAGCCGGCCGCGGCGGGGGCUGAGAGGAUGGCUGGCAGCGAGGUGGCGCCGUCUGAAGGCGUCCAGUAUGACUUCCGGAACCUCCCAUACAUAGAGGCCAAACUGAAGCCUCUCCUUUCAAGAUCCAAUCUCGUUAUUGCCAGGGAUGUAGAGUGGGCAAAUAUCAUGUUUGCUUUCGAGCAGGAAAGUAGAUAUAUCUUAAUGGAUCCACUCCAUUCUCAAUCUCCUGUAGGGUUUAUUCGAGAGAAAAGCAAUGUCAUCUUUAGGCAGUUACUUCGGUCGAGACGACCAUUUGUUGCAGAAUUUACUGAUGCUAUGGGUAAUGAGAUAUUUACGGUCCGCCGGCCAUUUUGGUUCAUCAACAGUUCCAUUUAUGCAGAGGUGGAUGGCAAGGAGAUAGGUGUAGUCCACAGGCGUUGGCAUCUUUGGCGUAGAAUAUAUGACCUGUACUUAGGGAACAAGCAAUUUGCGGUUGUCGAGAAUCCUGGAUUUUGGAACUGGACCUUUACCCUGGUUGAUGAGGAUGACAAUCUCUUAGCUCAGAUUGAUCGUAAUUGGAGGGGAUUUGGUUUUGAGCUCUUCACGGAUGCCGGCCAGUAUGCAAUCAGGUUUGGUGAUGCUGGACAGAGCCGUAAAGUUGGUCUCGCUUCAGGUAUUGAAGAACUAGACGUUGCUCGCCAGCUGACUUUACCUGAAAGGGCUGUGGCUCUUGCUCUAGCGGUGUCUCUGGACUGUGAUUACUUUUCUAGGAGAGGGGGCUGGGGUAUUCCUUUUCUUAUUGUCACAGAGUAGACAUCCGUAUGAACCACCCGCUCCGUCCACAGUGGAGCUGAACUGCUAGUUGACAGUUGUUUUCACCAUUGAUUUCUGAAGAAACCUGGUGGAAUUUACUACUGUGACGCCAUUGAGAUCAUUCGAAUGCAAUGCAUGUUUUCCCUCCUGUAACCCUGCUCGGUUGUGCACUUAACUUGUGCUUCAUAUGAAAGUUGUGGAGCACAAGUGACUUGAGAAGUUCGACAGUUUGCAUCCAUCUCGCUGUCUUUCUAUGACUAGCUGGACUUGACGUGGCUACUUACUUAACGGUUGUAGCAACAAAAAAAUUAAAUCUCGAGUGAAUGCAAAGGGUACUCUGGUAGAGACCAGAUACGUGCUUGGAAAGUUUACCA